UUUCAAUUUCAGGUAAAAUAUGAUAAGGUGGCUUGUGUUGCUUUCUGUGUGUCUACACGUCAUCGCAGCGUCAUUUCAUAACGUUUAUGAAGGGCACUCCUUUAUGGACCCGGAGGAUGUGCUGAGUGUGAGCAUAACUCUGGAGGAGCCCCAACGUCCUCCUGGAGGAACAUUAACACUACCAUGUUACUUUGAGGACCACACUGUCCCAGAUCCAGGAGCUCCCACCAUCACUCCACUUUCUCAUCGUAUCAAAUGGAGCCUCAUCACCAAAGAAAAAGUCACGACUAUCCUAGUGGCUUUGGAAGGACAGGUGCGCAUAAGCGAGAGCUACCUGGACCGGGCUCAUCUGGUGGGCUACCCAAUGACUCCUACAGAUGCUAGCAUCAAGAUAUCAGAGCUGCGGUCCAGUGACACGGGAGUCUACCGCUGUGAGGUUCAGCACGGCAUUGAAGACAGCAACGACAAUGUCCAUGUGCAGGUUCAAGGUAUGGUGUUCCACUACCGGCCCAUCAUGGGGCGCUACAGUCUGACUUUUGAAAAGGCAAAGGACGCGUGCACUCAGAACAGUGCGGUCAUGGCUUCACCUGAACAGCUUCAAGCAGCCUUCGAUGAUGGAUUCCACCAGUGUGACGCUGGCUGGCUCUCUGACCAAACAGUCAGGUACCCAAUCCAUGAUCCUCGUGUGAACUGCUAUGGUGACAAAGAGGAACUGCCUGGGGUCAGGACAUAUGGAGUGAGAGACCUCAAUGAGACUUAUGAUGUGUACUGCUUCACUAACAAGAUGACAGGCAGAGUUUUCUACACUGCUUCUGCCGAAAAGUUCACCUUUUCUGAGGCAGUUGUGGCAUGCGCUAAUCAGGGAGCUCAGCUGGCCACCACUGGUCAGCUCUACCUGGCCUGGCAGGGUGGGAUGGAUGUCUGUAACGGCUGGCUGGGAGACAGGAGCGUCCGCUACCCCAUCAACGUUCGUCGGCCACAGUGUGGAGGGGGUCUACUGGGAGUGCGAACUGUUUACCUCCACACAAACCAGACAGGAUACCCACUUCCUGAGUCCCGCUAUGACGCCUUCUGCUACACAGAGUCCCCUGAUGAGGAAGGUUCAGGCAUCACAGAAGAGGGAAGUGGCGUGCUGAGUGUUACCACAGUGACACAGAGCCCAGAGGUGUUCUUCAGGAGGACGACCACAGAGAGCGAGGUGGUCGGAGAGGUGGAGACUCAGCGGCCCACUGCCGUGGACUUCACAUACACAGAGAGCCCUACUGAACUGCCGCUGCCUCAGCCUCCAAAUGUCACUGACUUUGUCAUUGACCUCAUAGAGCAAGCCACCGCCCGGCCUGACACAGGCAGGGAGCGCAGCAAAGGCUUUGUGAUGCCUCAAAAUGGUGUGGUCUUUCAUUAUCGCUCAGGCUCCGGUCGCUAUCCCUUCACCUUCAUUGAGGCCCAGCAGGCCUGCCAGAGUGUCGGAGCCACCAUCGCCACGUCACAGCAGCUGCAGGCAGCAUAUGAGGCUGGAUAUCACCAGUGCGAUGCAGGAUGGUUACUGGAUCAGACUGUAAGAUAUCCUAUUGUUUUCCCUCGAGAUAAGUGUGCUGGAGAUCUCGGGGAUCAACCUGGAGUUCGGUCCUAUGGUUUGAGGCCAGCAGAUGAGAGAUAUGAUGUGUACUGCUACAUCGACGGGCUCAAAGGUGAGGUUUUCCAUGUGGGCUCCCCCGAAGGUUUCACGUAUGAUGAGGCUGCUUCUAGCUGUCAGGAACAGAACGCCGUAUUGGCCUCCACCGGAGAGCUCUACGCAGCCUGGAAAAUGGGUUUCGACAAGUGCCGUGCUGGCUGGCUAGUGGAUCGUAGUGUCCGUUAUCCCAUCAACAACCCCCGUGCUGAGUGUGGAGCUGGGAAAUCAGGAGUGCACACUGUGUAUCCCCACCCGAACCAGACAGUCUUCCUUGAAGUUAAUGCCAGAUUUGAUGCAUACUGUUUCAGAGCGGAUAUUCUACUUAUUGCAAAUGAAACUGGACUGAACGUCACAGAUAUCCAGGAGGCCCUCCUUAACCUAACUUCAGUUACUGAUUUGUUGAGGCCUGUUGUUCCACUCAUUGUCCCUCCCAUCCCUGUGGAGACUUCAGGCUCUGGUUCCGGCUCAGCAGACACUGGCUCAGCAGACAUUGGCUCAGGGUCUAUGGGGACUCACUCUGGAGACUUGUCUGGAUCUGGAGACCUCUCUGGUUCUGGAGACCUGUCUGGUUCUGGAGAAAGGGUUAUCUCUGGCAACAUGUCUGCCUCUGGAGACUUGUCUGGUUCUGGAGACCUGUCUGGUUCUGGAGAAAGGGUUAUCUCUGGCAACAUGUCUGCCUCUGGAGACUUGUCUGGUUCUGGAGACCUGUCUGGUUCUGGAGACCUGUCUGGUUCUGGAGAAAGGGUUAUCUCUGGCAACAUGUCUGCCUCUGGAGACUUGUCUGGUUCUGGAGACAGCGUGAUUGCUGAGCUGCCCAGUGGAGCAUCAGGUUUCAGCAGUAUAGAUGCUUCUGGAUCAGCUCUCAGCGGGGAAGGUUCCGGCUUCACUGUUAAUUGUUUAGGCGUCGACAGAAUUGUCUCUGGAGAGGGCUCAGUUUCAGGAGGACUCCAAGAAGCAGGAGAGGGAAGCACAGAGAUUCUUAUCUUACCUUCAUCUGAAGCAGGCUCUGGAGGGCUUAGUGGCAGUGGGGACCACUCAGGAUCUGGUUUCAGCUCUGCAGAGAGUGGCUCUUCCAUUGAUAGCUCUGGGGAAAGUGGACAGUUCUCUGGCCUGUCAUCCGGUUUCAUCACCAACCAGGAUUUUUCUGGCUUCAGUGGUUUCCCCUCAGAUUUCUCCUCUGGAAGUGCUAGUGGACAGUCAGGAGAGCCUUCGGGAAGUGGAGAAGCUCCGAUCUUACUGAUAGAUGGUGAAUUGGUUGAUGUGUCCACCCCUAUUACACAGGAGUAUGAGCUUGGUGGAGGUCUACUGGUGCGCAGUGGCUCUGGAGACAUUUCAGGAUCUGGGAUUCUCAGUGGCGAUCUAAGUGGCUCAGCCUCAGGCAGUGGCUCUGAGUUCUUUUCAGGUGUGACCUUUGUGGGGUCAGGCUUAACUGACCUUACAGUGUCAGCAUCUGGAGAGCAAGAGGCCUCUGGGUUUUUACUCUACAGCUCUGGACAAGGAAGUGGUGAACAUUCGUCUGGAUCUGGAAGCUCAAGUUUUCUCUCUGGAUCGGGAAUGUCUGGAUCAGAAACGUCUGGAUCAGGAAUGUCUGGAUCGGAGUCCUCAACAAGCGGAGAACAAGGUAGUGUCACAUUCUUGACUGGGGACUUAAUGACAGAGGUCACCAGAGACACAACACUGUCUAUGGAGCUUGGACAGGGAUCGGUGGAGUACAGUGGAGAAGGAAGCAGUAGCAGCAGUGGUUUCUACUCUGGUAGCGGAGACAGCAGCUUGUCCACAGCCAGCGGCAUUUCUUCAGGAGCUUCUUCUGGAGAUCUGCCUCAGGUGGUGCCUUCCAGUGAGUGGAAAGAGACAGAGAACACCACAGGACCAGAGGAGACCCUUACUGGGGAUGAACUGUCACAGAUCUCACACAUCUAUGGAACUCCCGGCCCUGUGUUUGCUCCCGCAGGACUGGCUGCUCCUCCCACUGCAGCUACACCACCCUCUGUGCAGACACCAGGCAUUGUUGAAGGUGCUUUUAACCCAUGUGAACCUAACCCCUGUGGUGCUGCUUCAUGCACAGUUGAGGACGGGGUUGCUCUGUGCCAUGAGGUAGAUGUGUGCCAUUCCAGCCCUUGUGCCAAUGGAGCCACCUGUGUGGAGAGUGCAGACUCUUACAAAUGCUUAUGCCUGCCCAGCUACGGAGGGGAACGCUGUGAGAUCGAUGAGCAGCAGUGUGAAGACGGUUGGACUAAGUUUCAGGGGAACUGCUACCUGCACUUCUAUGACAGAGAGAUGUGGCUGGAUGCAGAGCAGCGCUGCCGGGACCUGAAUGCCCACCUAGUCAGCAUCAUUACCCCAGAGGAGCAACACUUUGUCUACUCAAACGCACAGGACUACCAGUGGAUCGGUCUGAAUGACAAGACAGUGGAAAAUGACUUCCGCUGGACAGAUGGCACGCCACUGCAAUAUGAGAACUGGAGGCCGGCCCAGCCAGAUAAUAAAAGCUCUAGAGAAGACUGUGUAGUGAUGAUCUGGCAUGAGAAUGGCCAGUGGAACGACGUGCCCUGCAACUACCACCUGCCAUUUACCUGCAAGAAAGGCCCAGUGUCCUGUGGCGCCCCGCCACAGGUGGAGAAUGCCCACAUGUUUGGUAACAGGAGGGAGGAGUACCCUGUCAACUCCAUCAUCCGGUAUCAGUGCAACCAGGGAUUUACACAACGCCACCCUCCGGUGGUUCGGUGUAAAGCAGAUGGACAGUGGGAGAAACCCCAAGUGGAAUGCACUGAUGUGAAAUCCAGAAAAAGAAUACAGCGGAGGAGCAGCGGGAGUCCGGCAGCCAGCAGCAAGCUUCACUAAACAGGAAAAACAGGAAUUAAUUAUUUAAAUGAAGAACAUUUGCAGAAAACAAAAAACAUUUUCCACUUUAGUGAAGAUUAAAAGGUUGAAUUGUUGGAAAGCCAACAUUAAGGGUCCUAAAUCUAUCCCCUGCCCCUCGUAAUAUAUUUGAAUUAUAUAUAAUAAUUUUAUUGCUCUGAGUUCAUUUUCAUUGUGUGUGCUGUGAUAUAAUUCAGUUUGGUGAAAUCAUUGCUGGGAUACUUUGUUCCAUAUGAGAUUUACAUUUAUAGAAGGCAGCAUCUGUCUGGUUCACUGUAGUCUGCUGUAGCAUUGCUCAUUGUAACAUCUGUUUUGGCAAAGGUAAAAAGUGAAAUACUGAUGUUUUUAAAGUCCAUAUCGCCAUCUUCAUAUCCUUCCUGCUGGUUUCUGCACUCAGUCAGUGUAGCCAGUGGUGUUAGCCACCAUUCUUUGUUGUCACGAAGUGUAAGCACAUGGAGAUAUGUUUAGUUUAGGAUAGGAUAUAAACACAUGAAGAUAAAUACCCAAUAAUCAAUGAAUCCUAUUUUCCAGAGAAACAAACACUUUCCAAAAGUACAUUGUGGCUCUCUACGGUCAUAUUUAGUGUCAUCUGAGUAUCUAAAAUAUAUCUGGAUGGAAAUGAUCAACCUAAGGCAGAUGUGAGGGCUGCACUGCACUGGUUACACAGUUAAAACUGAUCUGUGUGGUGGCAUGAAUCAUUCAGUAUCUAAAAGGUGUCAAAACAGUCACCUCACUCACCUUACAGUCCAAGUUUAUUUAUUUGGGGGAUGUUUAAUAGCUGGAACAGAUGUUUCAUUUCAAAUUUGAUUUAGAUAUACAUGUGAAUUUUGAAAAUCCAAUCACACAAGUCAUGUUGGCUUAUUACAAAUUAGAAAAGAAGUCUAAGUAGGUGAUGUUCCGACUAAUUUUAGCCAUAGAGAGAAAACAAACAAAUCCAACAAACUUUAUAGUCUGCUUUAGCUAUUGUGUGGUUUAAAACAGAGACUUUUGGUCAAUGUGAAUACACAACCUUUUAUUUAUUGAUUUCAAACAGUGACAGAGUCUCUGCUGGACUGAGCCAGUGAUUGUCGUACAAGAGAUUCAGUACUUAAUGGUGAUGAGACUACAGCAGCAGCCGUAACACACGGCCAGGGUGAAUAAACUUCUACAAGCCCCAUUUUGUCAUAUUUAAUCUGUAGAGGAUGAAGUGAAACUGCUUGUGUUCCCGCAGUUUGUCAUGUUGGCUUGUUUGAGUUUUUUGUUUUCUGUGUGUUUUGGUGGUCAUCUUCCACACGACUGUGCAGUGCAUAGUGUUUCUGUGGAGUCAGUAUAAUGAACCUGUUUCAUGAAUCUAUUUCAUGUUUGUAACCUCAGAGGAAAUAACAUCACUGUAAACAUUA